AAUAUUUGUUCACUGGCUUACAAUCUACAAUCUAUUUUGUAGAUUUUCAUAGGAAGUUUUAGACCUAGAAAAAGCCUUUGGGAUGUAUCUAGCAAGUUACCCCCCUCAUUUCUUAUAUAUAUAUAUAUAGGAGGAUAGCUAGCAUAUUGUAAGCAUCAAAGAUGAGGCUAGCUUGUUGAAUGGAAGAUUCUAAGAGCCUUGGGGAUUCCAAGAUGGGAACACUGAUUCUUGGCUUACAGAAUAGGGUAAAUCAGAAAGAUUUCAGGAGGAUGGGUGAACACUGGGAUUAAAGUACGGGGCAGGAUUUUAAUGGUAGAAAGAUAGAAGAGAGGAAGACAGGAGUGGUGAAAUGACAGAAAAGCUAAAACUUGCAGAACCAAAGAUGCAUACAGCUAAGCAGAUGACAUGUGGCUUAUCUUCAAAGGAGGGAGGGUGAGAUCUGACAUCUCCUGAGUACACUAUGUGCCAAACUCUGUCCUUAGCAGGUUUUUAGUCUUUAUUUAAUUCCAACAACUCUAUGAAAUACUUUCAGGCUAUCGUGGACAUUGAUUUAGCAAAGGAUUUCUGUAACUGCCUCCAACCCCCCUUCCCAAAAAAACAAACUGUAUUUGUUUCUUAGUUGUAGGCUUUUAACCACUUUGGGCCUGUCUCCUGCACCUUGAUCUUCCCUAGGGCACUGUAAAAACCAAUCCAUUCACAGCUAUCCUAAUUGACCUCUUUUUCAUGGCUAAUAAAUCCAUCAUCAUAUCUAUUAAAGUCAACCCUCCUGGUAUCUUUAUAGCAUUUUAGGGUCAAAAUAGCAUUUUAUAUUUGGAAAAUGCUUCAUACAUAUAUUAGCUGUUUAAGAUGGGGAAGGUGAAAUUAUUAUUUCCAUUUUAUAUAGAAAUACAUUUAACCGGUAGGGAUGCUUGUUUUCAGGGAUCAGUAAGAGAGUCUAAAUCAGAGCUCACUGACUGUUGUUUACCUUCUCUUAGAGGGCACUAAGAAGCAUCAUAAAUAGGUACCCUGUACUUGCACAAAUUAUUAAAAAUGGAUGGUGACAGUUCCACCACAGAUGCUUCUCAACUAGGAAUUUCUGCAGACUAUAUUGGAGGAAGUCAUUAUGUUAUACAGCCUCAUGAUGAUACUGAGGACAGCAUGAAUGAUCAUGAAGACACAAAUGGUUCAAAAGAAAGUUUUAGAGAACAAGAUAUAUAUCUUCCAAUUGCAAAUGUUGCAAGGAUAAUGAAAAAUGCCAUACCUCAAACGGGAAAGAUUGCAAAGGAUGCCAAAGAAUGUGUUCAAGAAUGUGUAAGUGAGUUCAUCAGCUUUAUAACAUCUGAAGCAAGUGAAAGAUGCCAUCAAGAGAAACGGAAGACAAUCAAUGGAGAAGAUAUUCUCUUUGCCAUGUCUACCUUAGGCUUCGACAGUUAUGUAGAACCUCUGAAAUUAUACCUUCAGAAGUUCAGAGAGGCUAUGAAAGGAGAGAAAGGAAUUGGUGGAGCAGUCACAGCUACAGAUGGACUAAGUGAAGAGCUUACAGAGGAGGCAUUUACUAACCAGUUACCAGCUGGCUUAAUAACUGCAGAUGGUCAGCAACAAAAUGUUAUGGUUUACACAACAUCAUAUCAACAGAUUUCUGGUGUUCAACAAAUUCAGUUUUCAUGAUCCGAAGAAAUGAUGGACUGGAGAGUGUAGAGAACUGAGUCUGUAUGAUUCCAGAACAGAGACAUUAGAAGGAGCUGACUGGUGAAAAGAUGUCUCUUUGUAUAUUAAAUAAUUGUAAUGUAGCUUCCCAAUGCUUGACUAAUUGAGGUGUUAAUUCUGACUUGAGAAUCUUUUUCAUGAAUGAUUUUAAAGAAAAAUUUGGAUUUUAAAGGUAUUAAAAUAUUUUUGUUUUGUACGAGUUUGUUGCUCUGUAUGACUCCUGUAUGCAUUGUAUAUUGCAGUUUAUUACUGUCAGAGAUUUGUAGACAGUUUCUUAUUUUCAUAUUGAAUCAUGUUACUUUUGUAAUAAUUCAAGUAAGCAGCUGGGUUAAUUCAUGAUGUUUGCCCUUUUAAUAAAAAAUAAGGGUAGAGUUCAUUUUGAAUGCAAGUUGCCUUUAUUAUAAAUUUGAGUUUGUCUUGGUUAUAUAAUACUUUGCAUGAUAACCUAGCUAGAUUUUUAGCAUUUGCCAUAUUUAUUAACUUUUUUGUAAAACAUUCAUAGCUUAAGCAGCACCAUUUUUAAAAAAAAUGUAACUGAGACGUUAAGUGUGAAUGCAGAAGCAAAUAUUGUCGGCCCUGUUCAAGUUGGUGCCCCUUAACAGUGUUUACACUGUUCAUGGUGCCUAUUAAGAUAGUUUUAGUUUAUUGGAGCUUUUGUUAAGACUAGAUUUGUUUUUGAGUUACAUUAUUAUGAGUGUUGGAAUUCAUUUAAGUUUAACGUAGUCCCAGUGCUCUUGAAAUGGUGCCCCUUUCAUUUUGUAUAUGAUUUUUCCAAAGGCAUAUCUUCAAAUACUAUAUAGUAUCCUCUUCCAGAAGAGGAAUUUCAUAGUCUGAUGGUAAAUGUCCUCAUUUUACCUUUUUAAUUGAAAUGUCAAGUUUCCUAUUGUGCUAUGGGAACCAAGAAAUGUCAGACAUCAUUGUGUGUAUACAGAGCUUUUUUGCAUGGGUGAGUGAAUGAAGAACAGAGUUAGUGCUGUGAAUGGUGCGAAAGAGAAACCGCCAGCUUCUAGUGUGCUGUCUUGAUCUUUGCAAUAAACUAAAUUUAGAUAAUGUAACUUUGUAUAAUUUACUAGUAUUGUACUUGGGUUGUUCCUUUUUUAAAGUGAGGAUUUGUAUUUUCUCACCUAUUCUUUUUGGUGAUAAUUAACUUGAGUCUUUUUUUUUUUUUUUUUUUUUUUUUUAAAUCAACAAUUGCUCUUGUAUAGUUUGCCUAAAAGGCACUUAGAGUGAAUGUCAUCUUGGAAGGACACUCAAAUUUAUAAUGGAGAAGCAAUUUCCUAGAUACAGGCUGGACAGAAACGUUUACUUUGCCAGAAGGAGCUUUUGCGGGCACAACUGGGAUAAUCUGAAGUUAAUAACUCCCUCACUACCUUCCCAUUUAAAAAAUAAUCUUCAUUACAGAAAAUUCAAACGGGCAAAAAAGGGUGGUUAAGCAAAACCAACCAUCAUCCUACUAUGUUAAAAACAACCAAUGUUAAUAUUUUGGUAAAUAUGAUUUGUCCUUUUACUUUGCUAAAUAUGUAUAUUUUUAUAAAAAUGGGCUCAUACUUGCA